CCUCAGUCUCUUCCUACUAGUCAUCCCUAAAAGCCAAGGUAACGCGCUCCUCUCAGCGGACUGCGCUCAUCAUUUCUCCUCCUGCAUCAUGGAAACUGACAGAAAACAGCUGCGAUGGUGAAGAAGCUGAAGUAAGGCUGGUAGCGAAGGUGCUUGACCUGUUCCCCUUUGCUCCCCCGAGCCAGAACCAUCAUGGCAGCGGGAGUAGCAGCAUGGCUUCCGUUUGCCCGGGCAGCGGCGAUCGGCUGGAUGCCUGUGGCCAACUUGCCCAUGCCAGUUGCCCCCACCGAAAAGAACAAGAGGCAGGAUGAGCUCAUUGUCCUUAAUGUCAGCGGACGCCGUUACCAGACCUGGAGGAACACGCUGGACCGCUAUCCGGACACGCUGCUCGGUAGCUCGGAAAAGGAGUUCUUCUACAAUGAGGACACCAAGGAGUACUUCUUUGACCGUGAUCCUGAUGUGUUUCACAGUGUGCUCAACUUCUACCGCACUGGUAAGCUCCACUAUCCACGAUAUGAGUGCAUCUCCUCGUAUGAGGAGGAGCUGGCCUUCUUUGGCAUUGUUCCAGAGAUUAUUGGGGAUUGCUGCUAUGAAGAGUACAAGGACAGGAAGAGGGAGAAUGCAGAACGUCUCAUGGACGAUCAGGAGGACAACAAAGAUGCCAAGCUGCCCAAUAUGACGUUCAGGGAGACCAUGUGGCGGGCUUUUGAGAACCCUCACACUUCAACUAUGGCUCUGGUCUUUUACUAUGUCACUGGUUUUUUUAUUGCUGUUUCUGUCAUCACUAAUGUGGUAGAGACGGUGCCCUGUGGCUCAGUGCCAAACAUGAAGGAAGUGCCAUGUGGCGAGCGCUACACUGUGGCCUUUUUCUGCAUGGACACAGCCUGUGUGAUGAUCUUCACCGUGGAAUACCUGAUGCGCCUGUUUGCAGCCCCCAACCGCUACCGCUUCAUGAGGUCCGUCAUGAGUAUCAUAGAUGUGGUGGCCAUCCUGCCAUAUUACAUUGGGCUGGUGAUGACCGACAAUGAGGACGUGAGCGGGGCUUUCGUGACUCUGCGGGUUUUCCGGGUGUUUCGUAUCUUUAAGUUCUCCCGUCACUCUCAGGGCCUGCGCAUCCUGGGUUACACGCUGAAGAGCUGUGCCUCGGAGCUGGGCUUCCUGCUCUUCUCCCUUACCAUGGCCAUAAUUAUCUUUGCCACUGUCAUGUUCUACGCAGAGAAGGGUUCAAGCUCCAGCAAAUUCACCAGCAUCCCAGCCUCCUUUUGGUACACCAUUGUUACUAUGACAACGCUCGGAUAUGGAGACAUGGUCCCAAAGACUAUUGCAGGGAAAAUCUUCGGCUCAAUCUGCUCUCUGAGUGGUGUGCUGGUAAUUGCCCUUCCUGUCCCUGUCAUCGUGUCCAACUUUAGCCGCAUCUAUCACCAGAACCAGAGAGCAGACAAGCGGCGGGCGCAGAAGGUACAGAAAGCUCGCCUGGCCAGGAUACGAAUAUCCAAAACAGGAAGCUCAAGUGCCCUCCUUCACAGCAAGCGCAACGGCUUGUUCAAUGAAGCUCUCGAGCUCACGAGACUUCCAUACAAGAUCAACUUUACAGAUCAGGGUUCCAAUGAGGAUGAGAAGCAUUUAAGCAAAUCUACCUCUUUAAUCGAGAGCCAGCACCACCACCUGCUGCACUGUCUGGAGAAAACUACGAACCACGAGUUUGUGGAUGAGCAGUAUUAUCAGCAGAGCUACUUGGAGGCGGGGCUGCAGAACUAUCCGUCCCGAAGCCCGUCGCUGUCCAGCCAAGAUGGCGUGACGGGGACAUGUUGCAGCAGGCGAAGCAAGAAGCACCAUCACACUCCUUUACCAAACUCCAGCGCUCCAGCACACAUGCAGCCAUUGAAACACUCGCACUCACACCCACAAGGCUUGCAGGAGCUCAGCACCAUCCAUAUUCAGCCCCUAAGUACCAGUCGUUCCAGUCUAAACAUGCGUAUAGAGGAGCCAGCUCCUCUGAACUGCCAGAGCAGCCAGAUCACAACAGCAAUCAUCACCAUUCCUACGCCACCAGUGACGACUCCGGAAGGUGAAGCUCACCAUCCCACCAAUCCCUCCCUUCGAAACGUCGUGAAGGUUUCUGCGCUGUGAAGACUAGACUGUAGAAGCACAGCACAAAAAAAAAAAAAACUCAGAGAGACCCACAGAAGCAGACAGAGAAGGACUCACAGAGGUGGAAAGGGCUUGCAGACAGAAUUUGGCCCUGUUGGAGCCUGCCCUCUGCUGGUCAUGUGUUAUAAUGGCACGGACUCCCUGUACACAUGGAGGAUUGAUUUCAGAGACAGUUUCUUCAUGUUAGUGGUCGGCAGAUGUGUGUGUUUGUAUGUGAAUGUGUGAGUAAAAGAACAAAAACAAAAAAUAAAUAUGGAAUCUUUUAGGAUGAGGACUGUUUACCUCGAAAUGUCACAGGUAAGUUAGCAGAGUUUCCUAUCUUUCACUGUGCACAAAAGCACCUUUGUUAUGAUUUAUGCUUGAGUUUAACCCAUUUUAGUCAGGAAAUACAAAGGGGGAUGAGGACAACUUAAAAGGAAGGGGAAACAAAAACAAUAUAUAUAUAUAAAUAUAUAUAUAUCCCUCAUUGAUCAAUGCCUUUGAAAUAGAGUACUGCCCUUUUCAGCCAUUUUGGUCCACAAACCUCCUUUUCAGGUCAGGCAUUAUUCCACUUUAGUAUAAAUUCUUAAAAAACCCAAAAAUCAAUGGGUGUGUGUGCAAUGGCGUUACCACUGAGUGUAUCUGAAUGAGUGCUUGUAAAUUAAAGACAGGUUAUGUGUUUUUUCUGAAAGGAGGUGUGUGUGUGUUGUGUGUGUGUUUCUCUGAGUUGAUUGAAAACUUGUAUUUCAGUUAUUCUGGAAGUAUCUAUGGCUCAGUAUAUGAUAAAUAUGACUAGCUGCCACUCAGAAGGGUUCUUUGCACAUACUUCUGUCAAACAAAUUCUCAGCUGCAAUGGUUUCACACAGUUUGUGCUUAGGUUGCAGGACUUAAUAUUGUUAGAUUUUUUUUUUCACUGAAUUUACUUUUAAAUUAUCUGCCUCCAGUAGCCCACCUGGUCUUGAGAAAACCCAUUUUAUUUUACAAAUAAACUAACGUUUUCUUGGAAUCCAAAUCUCCAUGAUGAAAAGCACAAAGCAUUUGCUGAGAAUUUGCUGACAUAAAUCUGCCCUGAGCCCGUGAUCUUUGUGAAUAUUGUUAAUAGAAUAUUUUGUAAUAUUUGACCAUCGUUUGGCAGAAGCAGUGAAUCUGUCCUCUUGUUCUCGCUCUCCUCUUUACAUCCUUUUCUCUCUCUCGUUGUUGUCCUGUUGUAUCCCUAACUUCUGUGUGAACAACAGUAUGCUUUCUGUAGUUUUUAUAGCUGUCAACAUUUUUAUUUCUUCCCUAAACUCAGCGAGCAUUUUCAGAGUUGUUGAGUAUAUGUAUGAACUCUCUGUGUGGUUAGCAAACUUGGUGUUUGUACUUUUUGUCCUCGAUGUUAAAGGAUCUCUUUUUUACUUUAUCUUCUGGAGACUUUAAAGUAAGGAAAUCUGUUGUAAAAAAAAAUAUUAUCACAAGGACCUAAAGUUUGCUAGAUGAACAGGAUUUAGCAGAUCUCUAAAAGACCAAAAUGCCAGCGAAGCUUCAC